AUGGUCCAGCCGCUCUUCGCCGUCCUGGCCCUGGCCACCUCGGCUUCGGGGGCCUUCACCGGCAACCUCAACUACUUCUCGCCGUCCAAGCACCACGCUUCGCUCGGCGUGUCCAUCAACAAGGUCGCCAGACGCACGUACGCCAGCCCGCACUGGGACUCGGCCCAGCUCAACUUCACACACGGCGUGGCCUCGGGCGACCCGUUCGAGGACAGCGUCAUCCUCUGGACCCGUGCGGCGCCGUCGGCCGACAACGACCGGAGCAACGUGACCGUUAGCGGCUACGUGCCCCUGUAUGAUCACAGCACCGAGCCAUACGUCGAGAAGAGCGAUUCGCCCGUCUGCGUCGACUGGAAGAUCAGCGCGAGCAGGACUCUCGACCCCGUCGUGGACGCCGGGACUGUCUACACGAGCUCCGAUGUUGACUACACAGUCAAGGUCGAGGCCAGGAAACUAGCUCCCUUCACCGUGUACUAUUACCAGUUCAGUGUGUGCAACUCCAACAACACGUCCCCUGUCGGUCGCACCAAGACGAUCCCGGCCAAGGACUCCAAGGUCGACACGCCCGUCAAGCUUGCCGUGUACUCCUGCAGCAACUAUCCCUUUGGAUUCUUCAACGCGUACGGAAACCCCGUGCGGAAGGACUCGGUUGACUACGUGAUUCACCUUGGCGACUACAUCUAUGAAUACGCAAAUGGAGAGUAUGGUUGGGGCAACUCUCUGGGGCGCAUCCCUCUUCCCGACCGUCAGAUCUACACUUUGUACGACUACCGCAAACGUUUAGCAACUUACAGGACCGACCUGGACUUGGUUGCCAGCCACCAGAACUUCCCUUGGAUCCCCGUCUGGGAUGACCACGAGGUGGCGGACAACACGUGGAGAGACGGCGCUGCGGAGCUAAACAACACCGAAGGCUCGUUCAUCGCCGACGGAGGUGUCUCGGUCGACCAGCGCAAGAUGAACGCCGUGCGUGCCUAUUUUGAGUGGAUGCCCAUCCGUCAAGUCGACAUGGACGACAACCUCCGAAUCUGGAGAGAGUUUAGCUUUGGUAAUCUGUUUGACCUGGUCAUGCUUGACACCCGCCAGUACGACCGCGCUAUUACGGACGUCUAUACCAACACCGACUACAUCCACGCCAUAUCCGACGACGCCAGCCGCUCGCUGAUGGGCCCCCGCCAGGAGGCGUGGUUCUAUAAGACGGUCCGCGACAGCUCCUCCCGCGGCGCCGCGUGGCGCAUCAUCGGCAAUCAGAUCGUCUUCAGCCGCAUGAACGAGAGCGCGGCCUUGGGCGACGAGAACCCGCUCAACUACGACGCCUGGGACGGGUACCAGGCGAACCGCAACCGCACCUUCCAGGUGCUGUACGACGGCAACGUCGACAACAACAUCUUCCUGGCCGGCGACUCGCACGCCUCGUGGGUCUCGGACCUCGUCUGGCUCGGCGAGCACGACUACGACCAAGCCACCGGCGCCGGCUCCGUCGGCGUCGAGUUCGCCGGCUCCGCCGUCAGCUCGCCCUGCCCGGUCGGCCAGAACACCUCGCUCGCCGCCGCCAACGCCGCCUCGGCCUGGCUGACGGGCGCGAACCGCGAGCUGCAGUGGCAGGAGCUGUACUACCGCGGCUACUACGAGCUCAGCAUCGGCUACGACGCCGUCAACGCCUCCUUCUUCGGCAUCCCCACCACCCGGGUCAUGCAGGGCUACGAGAUAUCCCUCGCCAACUUCACCGUCCUGGCGGGCGAGAACAAGCUGCACCGGUGGGACGGCUCCGUCGUCGCCGGGGGCGUUGUCGAGAGCGGCAGCUUGAAGAACGGCAAGGCCGUCCAGACGAACUUGACCCACGACACGGCCACCGGGGAGUACCUCGCAUACAGCCCUCUGUGA